AAAGGCACUCCAAGGCGUGACACAAAUCACCAGCCAUGAACUACAUGGGGCAGCUGGCGGAGACAGUGUUCGGGACGGUGAAGGAGCUGUACCGGGGCCUGAACCCAGCCACGCUAAGCGGCGGCAUCGACGUGCUGGUGGUGAAGCAGGUGGACGGCUCGUUCCGAUGCUCGCCCUUCCACGUGCGUUUUGGCAAGCUGGGCGUCCUGCGGUCGCGGGAGAAGGUGGUGGACAUCGAGAUCAAUGGAAAGCCAGUGGACUUGCACAUGAAGCUGGGGGACAGUGGGGAGGCCUUCUUCGUGCAGGAGCUGGAGAGCAAUGAGGAGCCCAUGCCUCCCCGCCUGUGCACCUCACCCAUCCCUUGGGGGGGCCUGUCUGGUUUCCCCUCGGACUCCCCACUGGGCACAGCCAGUGAGCCUGAGGGCUUCAUCAUCCCAGACAUGGCCUCUAUGGGGCGGAGGAAGAGGCGUCGCAGGAGGAAACCCAGGCGGAAGGAGGAUGCCGUGGUGACUGAUUCCAGUUCCGAGGAUCUGGAGGCAGGCACUGAGAGUGACCUGUCCCUGCAAGAGAAGCUGAGGCCAGAGCCCCCAGGCAGUGUCCAGUCAGAAGGGAAGUCCUCACCACAGCUCAAAGACAUCUUCCCCUACUCUGAUGGCGAGUGGUCCCCCCAGGCCAGCCUCUUGUUGAAUGGGUUGACAUCCCCUAAGAGUGACUCAGAGCUGGAGCUGCGGGCCCCAGAGCCCGGUCCCCUGCGAGCUGAGUCCCACAUGCAGUGGGCCUGGGGGAGGCUGCCUAAGGUGGCUAAAGCUGAGCAGCCCAAGCCCUCCAUGGUCCCUGAAGGCAGCGCCAGGGCAACCACCUCUCCUCUUCAAGAAGGGCCCAGCACCACUUCCUCCUCCGUGGCUGGUGUGGACCCUUUGAGACCCCCAAUCCUGCAGAUGGGGUCUGGCACUGACCUGCUUCAGCCUGGUACAGAGGAUUCCAUUCUGGUGGGUCCCCUACUGCCUACUCUAGAGAGAGAGGAAAGCACAAUGCAGCACGCCAGGGAAGCAGGCCUCCCUCCUGCCUCUAAAUCAUGGAGCUGGGCCACUCUGGAGGGCCCCACACCCACCGGGCAGCCAGAGGGGGCCCCCAAGAGGAAAGGCUCCCUGAAGAGAAGCCAGCACCUGGGCCCCAGUGACAUCUACCUGGAUGACUUGCCCUCCCUGGACUCUGAGAAUGCAGCCCUUUACUUCCCCCAGAGUGACUAUGGGUUGGGGGCUAGGAGGUGGAGUGAACCCAGCAGUCAGAAGCCUCUGGUGGACCCCAGCCCCGAACACGUGCAAGAACCCACUCCAGACACAGUGGAUACGAUAGCACUGUCUCUCUGUGGCGGACUUUCUGACAGCUGGGACAUUUCCCUGGACAAAUUCAACCAGCACAUCAUCUCCUAUCAGGACCUCACCCAAAACCCUGGUCUCCUGGAUGACCCAAACCUAGUGGUGAAAAUCAAUGACAAGCACUAUAACUGGGCUGUGGCUGCCCCCAUGAUCCUCUCCCUGCAAGCCUUCCAGAGAAACUUGCCCAAGAGCACCGUGGACAAGCUGGAGAAGGAGAAAAUGCCAAGGAAGGGUGGGCGAUGGUGGUUUUCCUGGCGACGCAGGGACUUCCCAGCCGAGGAGCGCAGUGCCCAGAGGGAGAAAACAGAAGCCAGGGAGCAGCAGGGGGAGAAGAUAGAAGUCCUGAGCAGUGAUGACGAUGCCCCAGACAGCCCUGUGAUCCUUGAGGUCCCCUCCCCACCCCCCUCGAUCCCGGCCUAUACUCCUACCUACAAGAAGUCCCUCCGCCUCUCCUCCGAUCAGAUUCGGCAUCUGAACCUGCAAGAAGGUGCCAAUGACGUGGUCUUCAGUGUGACCACCCAGUACCAGGGCACCUGCCGCUGCAAGGCCACCAUCUACCUGUGGAAGUGGGACGACAAGGUGGUCAUCUCUGACAUCGACGGCACCAUCACCAAGUCGGAUGCUCUGGGUCACAUUCUGCCCCAGCUGGGGAAAGACUGGACGCACCAGGGCAUCACCAGUCUCUACCACAAAAUCCACCUAAAUGGGUACAAAUUCUUGUACUGCUCAGCACGGGCCAUCGGCAUGGCUGACCUCACCAAGGGAUACCUGCAGUGGGUGAGCGAGCGGGGCUGUGGCCUCCCCAAGGGCCCCAUCCUGCUGUCUCCCAGCAGCCUCUUCUCCGCCCUCCACAGAGAGGUGAUUGAGAAGAAGCCAGAGGUGUUCAAGAUCGCCUGCCUGAGUGACAUCCAGCAGCUGUUCCUGCCCCACAGACAGCCCUUUUAUGCUGCCUUUGGGAACAGGCCCAACGACGUCUUCGCCUACCAGCAAGUGGGCCUGCCUGCAUCUCACAUCUUCACAGUCAACCCCCGGGGAGAGCUCGUCCAAGAGCUCAUGAAGAACCACAAGUCUACGUACGAGCGGCUCAGUGAAGUGGUCGAGCUCCUCUUCCCGCCUGUGGCCCGUGGCCCCAGCACAGACCUGGCCAACCCUGAAUACAGCAACUUCUGCUACUGGCGGGAGCCACUGCCCGCUGUGGACCUUGACGCCCUGGCCUGAACCCACCCUGGCUGUCCCCCUCCCUGGCCUGGCCCGGGACUGACUGGGGCACUGGGGUUGACCAGGGCAUAGGAGGUUGGAAGAGAGGUGCCACAGGAGCCAACCCACUGGAGGGGAGGAGGGCGCUGCAGGUGGAUUGGCACCCGAGAUGCUCCCUCCUCCCUGUCCUGUCUCCUGCCUCUGCCAGCUGAGUGGCAGGCGGUAGGGCAGCUGCUCCAGGCUUCAGCAUGGCUCUGGCCUGUGGGGAUUAAAUGUCUGUCAUCUGGA